CAUGGCACAGGAGCACAUGGGACAUUCUCGCAUUAACCGUCAACUUCUGUGUCAGCUCUAGACCUAACUAAGCUUCAGUGGCUCUAGAGGGAAAUCAUAUUGCAGCCAGCAUUUGUCAAAAUAAAACAGAAAAGAUACAUAAGGAAGCUACAGUACAUGAAAGAGAGCAGAAAUGAAUAAGAUUAACAGAAGGGGAAUGGAUUUGCUUAUCACCUCUCUGCUUCUGCUUGGCAUUGUAAUUGGUGAAAAGGACCAAAUUAACCUGAUGUUUAGUAGAGGUCUUCGACUUAUUGUGGAAGUUCCACAUGAUAUUAUUGAUCAUCCGGUGUCUCCAAAGGUGCACCUUCUUCUACCUGUCAGAGUUCAGAGGAAGCGCUCUGAGACAGUCACGCUUGCAUGUGUCAUUACUGGAUUACAGUCCAAAGCAGUGAGGAUCACAUGGAUGGUAAAUGGAGCAACAGGCCCCAAAAAACACUUCAGUACUCCACAAGUGCACAGAGAGCCUGGAGGUACAUUUUCUGCUGUGGGACUGUACUCAGUUCUUGCUCAUAAAUGGAAACGUGAGAAUAUGUAUAGGUGUGAGGUAACAUACAGAGGAGCCUUUCACGAUGAUAAGGCACAGUCUUCUCUCUGCAAUCCUCCUGAAGGAUUUUAAUUUUUAAUUUUUAUUUCCUGAGCUAGAGACUUUCUGUAUUGCCAUGAGAUCCUUGUACUGACUGUUGAGCUGAACACAGAGCAUCUGAAUAUGUGUUGUCACAGAUCAACAGUUGAGAACUAAUCUCACCAAAAAAUAAAAAAAUAAAAAUAAAAAACAUGUCCAAGUCAUGGAAAUAAUGUAAUCGAAGUAAAUAUAUUCUUUCUUUUGAUUCUGAGGUGAAAUGUCACUAGAUAUAUUCAUGACAGGGUUUGUAAGAUUUGCUUCGACCUGUUAUGUAUGUAACACAGCCCUGCCAGUAGAUGAAACAUUGUGUUUUACAUCUCAUUAAGCUCAACUUUGUUAAAUAGUGCUGUGCCAUCCUUUUUUAAACGUAUGUUAUUUAGAUUUUUGGCUGCACCUUCUCUUUUAUUGGUUGACCUUCUGCUUUUAUGUGUAUGAUACAAACAAGAGAUGACUGCUUAUUAUUGAAUAAACAAGCUAAAUCUUCCCACUUGUAAAACAUGUGACAGU